AUGAACAAUCAGUUGCCAGUAGAAACUUUGACAACAGCAACAAUCAAUGGAAACACUUAUGACAGUUUAUUAACUAUGUCACAAAAGUAUACAGAAUUACUUAAUUUGUGCACAUCAAUGCUUAUGAUGAAUAGUGCAACUAUAAAUAUGAAUCAAACUUUCACAAAUAAUUGGAUUGAUGAAAUCAAUCAUAAAGCCAACUUAUCGAAUUCACCAACUCAUUCAAAAUCCGAUCAAUUGCCAACAUCUAAAGCACAUAUUUUUCCGACAACAUCUUUACAAUUAAAUCAACCGAAAUAUCAAACAUCACAAUCUCCAUUAUUAUUUGAUUUCUCUUCAGAUCUAGGCAAAACUGAGCAUUCAUCGCAUCGCAUACCAAGUUGGCGUAAUUUUCUAAUUUGUAUUUACACUCUAUUAACAAUAUGCGGAGCAACAUUCAAUUUAAUUCUGAUAUUUGCCUUGAUAAAAUUUAGAAAACAAACAUUAUCGCACAAUAUUACAAAUUUGUUUGUAUUAUGCUUAGCUGUAUCCGAUAUAUUUUUGUGUUCAGUGAGUAUGCCAAUACAACUAUAUUAUGAAAUGACAGAGAAUCAUAAACCAAGUACAGAUUUAUGCCGAGUAUUAUUUAGUAGUUUCGGUAUACCAAUGUAUAUAUCAUGCCUAACUAUUUUAUUAAUUGCAUUUGAUAGAUAUCGUCUUAUUGUUUAUCCAUUAAAAACACAAUUAACACCGAAAGCAGCAUUUGGUCUGAUUAUUAUUGUCAUAUUAUUUAGUGCAUUGAAUUCAAUACCAGUUGCAUUACAAGUAAAUAGUGAAGGUUUAAAUGAAUAUCAUUAUUGUGUAGAAUCAUGGCCAAGUCCACAGUUACGAUUUGCUUAUUCUGUAUCCAUUUUUGUCAUAUUAGUGCUAUUACCCUUAAGUGCAUCAGGUGGAUUUUAUUUAGCUAUCUAUCGACGAUUAAAACAACGACCUUGUCAAUUAAAUGCUAGUAAAGAAGCAGAAAAACGUAAAAAGCGUACAACUAGUUUAUUAGUAAUAACAGUUGUUUGUUUUGCAGUCUGUUGGACACCAUGGUGUUUAUACUCAUUAUUAUUAGAAGUACAAGCUUUAUUAAAUGUUGAAAAUGAUUUACCAUCAGCAAGUACAUAUGAUUUAUUAAAAUUUAAUCGAUUAUUCAAUUCAAGUCAACAAGCAACUCACAAAGAGGAUGAAACAUGGAAAUACUCUAUUGGUUUGAAAACAUGUGAAGACUUUCUAUGGUAUACAAUGAAUCAAUCACUACCUAUUAUGAAUGGAAAUUUUACAAUGGAUUCAUCGAUUGACUUAAUGAAACCAAAUAUGAAUAUUAUACCGGGGAGACACAUAAAAAUUAUUGAUCUUUUAUUAAAAUUAUUUGCAAUGGGUUCCGCCUGUGUCAAUCCAUUGUUGUAUGGAUGGUUAAAUGAACCGAUACGUGUAAUAAUGCGUAGACAAUACAGUAGAUUUGAAGGAUGCUUUAAAUGCUUUGAAAUUAGCCGACGUCGUACAGACAAUAAAAAACAUAUGAAAAAUUAUAUAGAGGAACAGAAUUUACAAAAAAGACCAUUAACUAAUACGUCUUGCUUUGAUAAACACAAGUCAACAUUAUUAUUAUCAUCAUCAUCAUCCUCCAAAUUUUUGAGACCUUCACAUUUCAUUAGAUCCAAUUCAGAUUAUGAUACGAAAGCAAAAGUGAAAACUGACAGACCGAAAAUUGGUUGUAAGCAACUAAAUGAUGCUCGAUCAGUGAGUUAUGCUGAAGGAGAUAUUGAUCUCAAUAACAAAGACAAUUUAAACCAAAUAGUCGUAAUAAAAAAUAAUAAACUUGACUCUGAUACUGGGAUUUUAACAAACAAUGAUAAUAAUAAUACUGUCGACAGCAAUCGAGGCUAGUUUGAAUUACUGCCACUAAAAAGACUUAAAUUUAGAGGAAAACCACAAGUUAAUAGAUUAUAACUGAAUGUAUUCGAUUGUUAGAGUAAAACACCAAAUUAUUCAAAUUUAAUUCCUUAAUUUUUUUCCAGACAUAAAAAAGAACGUUCCACACUUCAUAUACAAAGAAACAGCGAAUCUGUUAACUUUUAUGUAUCCAAGGAUGACGAAUAAGUAGAUGAUAAGAUUGACAACUAGCAGAUACGUGGAUGAAAUAUGAAACAGGGAAGUUAACUGAGAAUCAUAUAUAUUUUUCGUUGUAUAAAUAUAAGUUUUUCACAGGAUACUAGUGUUGUUAAUGAAAGCCAUACAUUUAGCUUAAAAGAAUUCUCACAUAGAUUGAAGUUGAUUUACAUCAUGCAUUGAUAUAAACUGAGGAACCACUGAAUUUUUCUGAAAUAUCCACCCACGACAUAGUCAGGGACCGAUAAAAGGACCUUCAUGCAUUCAAAAGAUGGAAAUCCCGCUAAAUAGGGAUAUGAACUAUUGAAUAUUAACUAAGUUAUUUAGCAAUUAAGCGCUUCCCUUUGUCCUGAAAAUUAUAGAUCCGAUCUACUGCGAAGUAUUGGAUGUCUAAUUGAAAGCCGUUGUCCGGUGCUCCCUGGUUCUUAAUGGUUCCUCAGCUAACGUUGAUCCGUGAAGAAAAUCACAUACACACAAAUGUUGACCCUCAAUAAACUUCACAGUUGACUUAUCUCUUAUCUUCAUUAUUCGCGAAUAGAUGAUGCAGCUCUAUGCAAAACUAUUUUUAUCAUUUGUUUGCAGAAAUAUCCGUAAAAUAUUCAUAAGACUACAUAUUUGGAUGGUAAAGAAACAGAUCACCAACUUUAACAACAAAUAUAUUGAAUUAAAACAAGAAAGGUUUAUGUACAGACAAAUAAAGAAGUGUCGCAACAUAGACAAUCUUUAACUCAAAAUAAAAUAAACAUGGGACAGUUUGUUAACCAACUCAAAAUUAUAAAUUAUUACUGAAUAAGGUGAGGGUUAGUAAUAAUACCCGGCCACAUAAACU